ACAGCAAGGCUGAGAGGCAGGUCGAAGUCCCACGGUUAGGGCUGUCAGCUGGGGAGGGGUAUCUUUGUGCCAAGCUAGACUGUGUUUAAUCCUUUUAAUCACAAGAGACAAAAAUCCUUGGACACGAGAAGGCAUGUAUCACCUGAAAUUGCCUGAGAGGCUCAACCAACUUUUAGUCAAAAGAUCUGCGAACACUUCUCUAGUGGGUGCUGAGGUUCUCCAAGGAGCUGCUGGGCCCAUUUGCAGACAGAUAAGCAAAUGGCUGGCGGCCACCUCAGCUGCAUCCCAUAGAGUUGCCACCCAGGCCUCAGCCAGGACCUUUCAGGCCAGACAGGAGCGCCUGACCAAAGGCUUCCCAGCCACCCUCACCGCCCUGCCUUCAACGGUGUCCAGAGACGGUUAGCCAGGCCUGGGCUGGGCACGCUCCACUUCCCCAGUCACCAGCGGGUUUCCCAGAGGAGAAGACUGAGACCCGAGAAAGGAGCCAGCCUGUCCCAUGCCCACCUGGGGAGCCCUGUUCCUGCUCUGGGCCACAGCAGAGGCCACCAAGGACUGCCCCAGCCCAUGCACCUGCCGCGCCCUGGAAACCAUGGGGCUGUGGGUGGACUGCAGGGGCCACGGACUCACGGCCCUGCCUGCCCUGCCGGCCCGCACCCGCCACCUCCUGCUGGCCAACAACAGUCUUCAGUCCGUGGCCCCGGGAGCCUUUGACCACCUGCCCCAGCUGCAGACCCUCGAUGUGACGCAGAACCCGUGGCACUGUGACUGCAGCCUCACCUAUCUGCGCCUCUGGCUGGAGGACCGCACGCCCGAGGCCCUGCUGCAGGUCCGCUGCGCCAGCCCCAGCCUCGCUGCCCAUGGCCCGCUGGGCCGGCUGACAGGCUACCAGCUGGGCAGCUGUGGCUGGCAGCUGCAGACGUCCUGGGUGCGCCCGGGGGUCUUGUGGGACGUGGCGCUGGUCGCUGUGGCCGCGCUGGGCCUAGCUCUUCUGGCUGGCCUGCUGUGUGCCACCACAGAGGCCCUGGAUUAAGCCAGGCCCCCAGAACCCCUGGAUCCAGGCCAGGGGGCCAGUCCCUGAGGCAGGUCCCCAGACUCCACCAAGCCUGGUCAGCCCAAACCACCAAAGCCCAAAAUAAACUGGCAGCUCAGCUGUUUUAUAUAA